AUGAGGUUUUCCGUCGCGCUGCUCGCGCUGGCUGGCCUCGCCACGGCCUUGCACCUCAUCGACAACGCCAACGCGGACGGCGUUGCGGACCUGGGAACGCUGCCCGAGGACGGCGAGGAGCUGGUUGAGAAGCGUGGCAUCCAGCCGCCGCAGCCCGGCGACCCGCCGCCUCUGCGCUCGCCCGACGACAACGGAGGGGGGCCGCCGCCGCCGCCGCCGCCGCCGCCGAAACGCGGCAUCAAGCCGCCGGAGCCGGGCGACGACGGGUCGCAUUCGAAACGCGGCGACCCGCCAUCGCAGUACGCCGACGACACCGACCCGGACACGAUCCCCGACCAGGCCGCCAUCGACAAGCUGUUCAAGUCGCGCAUCUACGGCGCCGAGUUGGUCGCGGGCGGCUCCCUCAUUGCGCGGAACCACCGGCCGGGCGCUAAAUAG